AUGAAAUAUGUAGCAUUAAUUAAAGAGAGUGAAUAUCGAGAUAAUAAAGAAAGACCACAUUUAAUCAAAAAUAAAAAAACAAAUGAGGUUCAAAUUUUUAAAAGUAAAAAUGGGGGUAAUGGAAAAGGAAUACUAGUUUUAAGCCAUUGGAGAGAAAAAGAAAUAAGUACAACAAUCAAUGAGAAAUAUAUGUAUCGUAUUAUUGGUGAUAUUACAAAGGAAUAUGUAAUAAAAAGAGCUCUUAAAGAAAUAAAUAGUGAAAUAGAGGAAGAUGUAUUGGAAAUAUUAACCAAUAAAUUUUUAAAUUUAAAACAAAAAAAAAAUAAAAAUGAAAACAACACUCAAAUUGAUGAAAAUUCAAAAAUAGAAGUAACAACAACAAUUAAACUAAUUAAUAAUAAUAUUAAUAAUAAUAAUAAUAAUAAUAAUAAUAAUAAUAAUAAUAAUAAUAAUAAUAAUAAUAAUAAUAAUAAUAAUAAUAAUAAUAAUAAUAACAAUAAUAUUAAUAAUAAUAAUAUUAAUAAUAAUAAUAUUAAUAAUAAUAAUAUUAAUAAUAAUAAAAUUAAUCAUAAUAUUAUAAUUAAAAAUGACGAUGAAAAUUAUAAUGAUAAUUAUAAUGAUAAUAAUAAUAAUAAUAAUAAUAAUAAUAAUAAUAUUAAUAAUAAUAAUAAUAAUAAUAAUAAUAAUAUUAUUAAUAAUGAUGACGAUAAUGAUAAAAAUAUUAUUAUUAAUAAUGAUGAUGAUAAUGAUAAAAAUAUUAUUAAUGAUAAUGAUAAUGAUAAUGAAAAUGAUAAUGAUAACGAUAUUCAACAAGUUUUUGAUACAGUACCAGAUAAUGAAAUAAUUGAACAAGAAGAUUUAGAAAAUGAUGAAGAUUAUGAUGGUGAUGAAGAUUAUGAUGAUGAAGAUUAUGAUGAAGAUGAAGAUUAUGAUCAUCAAGUUCCACAAGAAUUAAAUGAACACAAUGAAUUAAUAAAUAAUAAAAUAGGAAAAGUGGAUAAUCAAAUUACUAAAAGAAUUUCAAAACAUAAAAGUGAUUUAUUAGAAUCUGUUGAAAAACCAAAAUAUGAAUUUAAUACAUUGCUUAAUAAUGAUUGGUAA